GCUUCCCAAUCGAAAUCGAAAUAUCCAAGUACAAGCCAUGCCCCACCAGUCUGGGGAAGUAACUGUCACCUCGUAGCUUCCCUCCGGUUUCCAUCUCGGGUUCUUAUCCCCCAACCCAUCGUUCCACCAUUCACUCUCUCAGUACUGCCAACUUGCUUUCUCUUUUCUCCACAAUCCUGUAUUCUUGUUAUGCUUCUCGAAUUCCGUCGCCCUACGUCGAGACACUGAAACGUCUUCCAUUGGCUUUCCGAUUACCUCGGUUUCUCGGUCUGGAGUGUAAUCCUCGUCAUACUCGGCUUCGCAUACCUUCCUCUCUUUCUGCUCUCCGAAUACACCGGUCGCGUUGCGCCGCGUGCGCCAAUUCUUCAUCGACAUGCCUGGCACCUCGCGAAUGCCCGUGAGUUUACGGGACAGCUUUAACCAGGUCAGGAGGUCGAGAAACACGAACCCGUUCUUGGUCCUCAAUUUAGAUCUAAUUCGAAAUAUCAUCUUCAUUCUCUUCGUUCUACGAUGGACGCGCCGGGUAUGGUGGAAAAUCAAGGGCCGCGGCAUCAUCGGCACCAUAGUCGAACUGUACACCGAGCUGCGCCGCGUCCUCUACGGAUACUUUUUACGCGCUCCGGGCGUGCGAGGCAAGGUCCAAAAGCAGGUCGGCGAGACCCUGGCCAAGCUUCAGUCCAAGAUGGUCCCGACCAAUCUCACCCGCUACGUGACCCUGCCGAAGGAGGGUCUGUCAGAGGACGCUAUUCGCGCCGAGCUCGACACCUUGGCCAAUAUGGAUCAUACCCGUUGGGAGGAGGGCUACGUGUCGGGUGCUGUCUACCAUGGGGAGGAGGACUUGUUGAAAUUGCAGACGGAGGCCUUCGGCAAGUUCACCGUGGCCAAUCCCAUCCACCCAGACGUCUUCCCCGGCGUUCGCAAGAUGGAGGCCGAGGUUGUGGCCAUGGUCCUGGCCAUGUUCAACGCCCCGCCCGGAGCUGCCGGCGCUUGUACCAGCGGAGGCACGGACAGCAUCUUGAUGGCCUGCCUCAGCGCGCGGGAAAAGGCUUAUCGCGAGAAGGGCAUCACGGAGCCGGAAAUGAUUUUGCCCAGCACAGCACAUACCGCUUUUCUCAAGGCCGGAAACUAUUUCAAGAUCAAGGUGCAUCUGGUGGCAUGCCCUGCGCCGAACUACCAGGUCGACAUAAAGGCUGUGUCGAGGCUGAUCAACAAGAACACCAUCCUACUGGUGGGCUCAGCGCCUAAUUUCCCCCAUGGUAUUAUCGAUGAUAUCAGCGCCCUGUCGAAGUUGGCGUUGCGCAAGAAAAUUUGCCUUCACGUCGACUGUUGCCUGGGCUCUUUCAUGGUCCCUUUUCUCGACAAGGCCGGCUUCGACACGGAACCAUUCGACUUCCGGCUCAAGGGAGUGACGAGCAUCAGCUGCGACACGCACAAGUACGGAUUCGCACCCAAGGGUAACUCGACCGUACUCUACCGAACGGCGGAGCUUCGCAGGUACCAGUAUUACGUUUCUCCUGAUUGGUCGGGCGGCGUGUACGGAUCACCGGGCAUGGCCGGGUCGCGGCCCGGCGCGCUGAUUGCCGGGUGCUGGGCCAGUUUGGUGCGAACAGGCGAGGCAGGCUACAUCGACGCGUGCGUGAAGAUCGUCGGAGCGGCAAAGAAGAUUGCCGACAAGAUACGGACAACGCCGGCCCUCGAAGCCGAGCUGGAGAUCGUGGGACGGCCGCUCGCGUCAGUAGUAGCGUUCACCGCCCGGAACCUCAACAUCUACGACAUCGCAGACGGCAUGGGUACCAAGGGCUGGCACCUCAACGCCUUGCAGAACCCUCCGGCUAUCCACAUUGCGGUGACGUUGCCGGUGGCCAAGGUGUGGGAGCGCCUAAUGGCCGACCUUGAGGCCGUCGUCGAGGAGGAGAAGGAAAAGGAGCGCGUGCGGGUGGUAGAGGGCAAGGGAGCUAAGGGCAAAGCCGUCGGUGACUCGGCAGCCCUCUACGGCGUCGCGGGGUCGCUUCCGAACAAGAGUGUAGUUGUGGAUCUGGCCAAUGGCUUCCUGGACCUGCUGUACAAGGCGUAGUCUAUUGUAUUCUCUACUCGUCCCUAUUAAUUACUUGAAUAUUACGGGUCAGGCGGGGUGGGGUGUAGGGGGGUAUUAUUAACACGGAUGAGAGGUUCCAAGGACAAAAAGGAAAUUUCAAGACAAGACCGAGAACGGCAUGUUAUCAAUCGGCUGGGCAGAUUAUACGACAGACGGGGUCGACUCGCAUGGGGCCACUGUCUUACGUUUUCCUUGUGUGGUGGAGGAGUAAGGCGACUGGGUUGAUCUUUAGUUUUCUUCCCUAGUUCACCAAGCAAGUUUCUCUUGCACCUUCUUGGCCUUAUCCUACUCUCACAUGAACCAAGGAAUGAUGGAUCUGGGCAUUUUACCGUCAUAAGACUAGUCCGAGACGAUGCCCAAAACAGGACGAAUCGGAAAUAGGAGA